AGAGAGAAGAAAACAAACCCAGAGAGGAAAACCCUGGAAAAGUUCUCUGAUUUCCCACCGUUCCUGAAGGCACCAUGAGCCACGUCGACGUGAAGAACCUGAAGCUCUCCAAGUUUGAGGAAGAACAUUAUGAUGAGUAUGAGCGCUACAACCUGACGGACAAAUAUGCAGAAGGUUCGGCCCGGAAAGGCAGAACCAAGAAGGAGGCCAGUGAAAACACCAACCGACAGAAUCCUGCAGGACAUGAGAGGAAAAUCACAGAGAAGCUGCAGAACAGCGAGAAAAAGGCGAAGGAGUGAAGCCUGAGGGCGGCUCGGAUGGCUUUUCCCGGUAACUGACCACGGCGACAGAGCGAGGCGUAUGGAUGAUGGGAGUUUAUAGCCACUCUGCAUAGGACAGAUCUUAGCACGACCAGGAGGCAGCAGAGCCAGACCUCCUCGCCCCUCUUACCCGUCUGUGGGCGUGGUCCUGACAUGACCACGGCGGUGCGUCUGGGAUGAUGGGAUGGCAGCUCGGACACUUUGUGUUUUUAUUGAAGCCUGGUUUUAUAGACAUUUUAACAUUAAAGGAUCCUAAACACACCA